UUUCUAAGUAGUUUCAUUUUCAGCCUGACUUUCUAACUGAUUUCAGUCCGUUACCUUUAGCUGGACAUAACUGUCUGGUUUCCAGUCUGGUCGUUGCUGACUGUUUUUUUCUGACUGGUUUUAUUUUCAGCUGAUUUUUGGACAGGUUUCCAGUCUGGUUUUCACUGUCUGUUUUUACUGGUUGAUUUCAUGCUGUCUGGUUUCCAGUUUGGCUGUUGAUGUCUGGUUUUUACUGACUGGUUUCCAAACUGGCAUUUGCUGACUGUUUUUCACUAAGGGUUUGUAGUCUGGCUGUUCCUAUCUGGUUCUUACCAACUUGUUUAUAGUGUGGUUGUUGCUGACUGCAUUUUACUGGCUGAUUUCCUGCGUUUUGCUGGCCGUCUCGUGCCCUCUGAAGGUUUCUCAGGUCUCUGCCAGUUUUUAGACUUCUCAUGUUUUCCUUCCAUCUCUCGCUUCCUGCUAACAUCUGCUCUGCACGCUCUACAUUCUAACAGCCACGCGGUGUUCACGCGCCAGCUUCCAGCGCGGAUUGGCUGAUGCUCACACAAACAAAGCUUUUCCACCAAUGGGAGCGUUGUGCACGCGCAGAACUGAAGGAGUCCCGGUCAGUACAGAUUGUCUCGGUCUCUCGGUGUCAGCCAUGGUGGCCAUGUCCAAGAAGGUGAAGAUCUUUCAGAUCAUCUUAUCGGACCCAUGCAAGUCUUUUUACUGUGGAGGGGACAAAGUGUCCGGACGGAUAGAAGUGGAGGUGACCGAGGUGACGCGCGUGUCCGCGGUCAAACUUCUGGGUGUGGGCUGCGCCAAGGUGGAGUACGCCAAAGGAAAGCAGCGGUGCCGACAGGAGGCCGAGUACCUUAGGCACGAGGAAGUCCUGCAUCUGCACGACCAGCCCACCGAUUCUGAUGGCUCUGUCGUGCUGAGACCUGGAAACAAAUACCAGUACAUGUUUGGAUUCGACCUUCCUCAGCAGGGGCAGCUGGUGUCCUCCUACAAAGGGAAGUUUGGUUAUGUCCAUUACUACGUGAAGGCCCUAAUGGAGAGGCCUCAGCAGCCCACGCUGGAGUGUAAGAAGUCCUUCGAGGUGGAGGAACCUCUUGAUGUCAACACUCCAGAUUUACUGUCUCCCACAGGUGGGACAAAGGAAAAGAAGGUCACCUGCAUGUUCAUCCCGGACGGUCAGGUGUCCCUGAAUGCCAAAAUCGACCGGCGUGGAUUCUGUGAAGGUGAAGACAUCUGCAUCAACGCAAAGUUUGAGAACACCUGCUCCCGCAUCGUGGUGCCGAAGGCUGCCAUCAUCGCCAAACACAUCUACCAGGCCAACGGCCGCACCAAGGUCUUCCGCCAGAAGCUGUCCUCUGUCCGCGGAAACCACAUCAUCUCCGGGAUGUGCGACGCUUGGCAGGGCAAGACCAUCCGGGUGCCGAAGAUCAAACCGUCCAUGCUGAGCUGCAACAUCAUCCGUGUGGAGUACGCGCUCAUGAUCUACGUUCACAUACCCGGGAGCGAGAAGCUCAUCCUGGAGCUUCCUCUCGUCAUCGGGACUGCAGGUCUGGGCAGCCGGAGCAACAGCGUGAGCAGCCAGGAGGGUUCAGUUAGCAACGCCUCCCAGAGCUGGGUGUCCCUGCGGAUGCCCUCGGAGCCCCCCAGCUACUGCGACAUCACCCAUGACUGCCGCCUGGACCAGCCCCUCACGCCACUGCUGGAUGAUGUGGACUGCGACGACAGCCCCAUCUUCAUGAACGCUCCAAGCUUCCCGUUCCCCCCGCCUCCGUCAUACACUGAGACGGAGGAGGAGUACAAUGGCAACGCACGCAUGCUGCCAGUCUGCUAAAGUCCACAGUGGGACCCCCAGAUUCAGGGACCAGAUCCAAGGUCCAGAUAUUAAAGACCACCCAGCUAAAGCGCUUGAAGAGAGGUAGAGGGCCUGACCUCCUGAUGACGCUAAACGGAGAUGUCUCCUGUUCUUCAUCACCUGUGCUGAUCUAGUCUUCCUCCUGGUGCUGUCUGAGCCGGGAGACGGAGGUUGAGCCACGCCCUCUGUGGCGUUCUACAUUUCUGUAUAAGCUGGCCACUUUGGACAAGUCAUUCCAGUCCUUCCAAGAGACUUCCCAGAAGCUUCCAGAACUUUAAACCACGUUUUCCAGUGUUUGAACAUCAUUUUCUCUGUUGAUGCACUUUCACGGCGUUUUGCUCUGCUUACUACUGAAGACAGUUGUUCUAAUGAUGUUUAUAUGCAAAAUGUUUUUCAGGUUAAAAAAAGACAAAAAGAAAUCAGAGUUGUUGAAAGCCCUUGUUUGACUUUCCGACCACCGUCUCAGAUAUUUGGCUGUUUGUCCCAAAAGCAGCUCAGAUGUUUAGUGAAGCACCUUAACGUGACCGAUGUCGCAGGUCUCCGUGAUCCUUCUGGACUUUCAGGGCCAAAGAAAUUAACUUGACUGAUUUGCGAGAAAAUGAUAUUUGACUAGUUGCUGUUCUUUGUAUAAUAGGUAUUUUUGUAAUAAACCCUGUGGGGAAUUUUUUAUUAAAGAAAUGUUGAAAAUAA